AUGGCGACUACUAACGGCGGUGUCGUGGACACGAUCGUACAGGUGCCGUACAAUGCCUCCGUCCGCCUCGCGCUCGCCUCGCUCGAGCGGAAUCUGCUGCCAGACGCCGUCGUGCGCCGCCUCACCAGGCUCCUGCUCGCCGCCCGCCUCCGCUCCGGCUAUCGUCCCUCCGCCGAAUUGCAGCUGUCCGAUCUCCUACAGUUCGUGCAUUCUCUGAAGGAUAUGCCGAUAGCAAUCAAGACAGAAAGGCCAAAGUCUCAACACUAUGAACUUCCGACGUCGUUCUUCGAGCUGGUUCUCGGAAAGCAUUUGAAAUACAGGCAACACAUUCUGCGAACUUUUUGUAAAAUAUGCACCUUUUCUUGCUGCUACUUUCUAGAGAAGUCGAGUACCUUAGAAGAUGCCGAGAAGGCAAUGCUAGAGUUGUACUGCGAGAGGUCACAGAUAGAAGAUGGCCAUUCGGUUCUUGAUGUUGGCUGUGGCUGGGGAUCUCUUUCUCUAUACAUAGCACAAAAGUAUCCCAGUUGCAAGGUCACCGGGAUUUGCAAUUCGGUCACCCAAAAAGCACAUAUCGACGAGCAGUGCCGGGUUCUUGAGCUGCAGAAUGUGGAGAUCACUGUUGCCGACAUCAGCACAUUCGAAAUGGAAGCUUCCUAUGACAGAAUAUUCUCCAUUGAAAUGUUUGAGCACAUGAAAAAUUAUCGGGACCUUCUCAAGAAGAUAUCGAAUUGGUUGAAAUCGGACGGCCUUCUGUUUGUCCAUCAUUUUUGCCACAAAAUAUUUGCUUACCACUUUGAGGAUGUCAAUGAGGAUGACUGGAUCACGAGGUACUUCUUCACCGGAGGCACAAUGCCCUCUGCAAACCUGCUCCUCUACUUUCAGGAUGACGUAUCUGUUGUUAAUCACUGGCUUGUGAACGGCAAGCAUUAUGCACAGACAAGUGAAGAAUGGCUUAAGAGGAUGGACCAUAACAUGAGCUCUGUGAAGCCGAUAAUGGAGUCCACUUACGGCAAAGACUCUGCCGUCAAGUGGACCGCCUACUGGAGAACGUUUUUCAUCUCAGUUGCCGAGCUAUUUGGCUACAAUGAUGGAGAAGAAUGGAUGGUGACACAUUUUCUGUUUAAAAAGAAAUAG